CUUUUUUAAUACCAUUGUCCAUGUCAACCAGUCCAAGCUUACAACGAAAAAACACACCACCGCUCCUACCAGGGAUUCUACGAAUUACUGUCAACAGUUGCUUUUUGAAUAUACAAGUCAAACGUCCUUAUGUAGUCAUAACACUAGGAGACCAAAUUCAUCGUACGUCUAUAUCGGAAUACCCGCAAGGAUACUGGAACGAAGGGUUCGAGUUAAAAGUGACCUACCACAAUCAAUUGUUUGAUACAAUACAGCUUGACUUGUACGACAGCAAUGUCUUUUUCUUGGAUAAGCAUAUCGGAAGAGCAGAGAUACGACUACGAAACCUAGAAGGGAUGCCCGAGUCAUUCACGAGCUACUAUGAAGUAUUUGAAAAGAAACUGGCGAUCGGUGCCAUGUCUCAAGUCAGCAGGAAGACACUAAUGACAUCAGGUGUAGGAGCUAUCCAAGCACAGAUAGCAUAUCUUUAUCAUCGUUCACCAGAAGAACUACAUCACACUUCUGUAGAUGUUAAUGAAAUGAAUUACCUGAUUGAUAAACAGCAAAAGGAAUUGGAGCACGAAAACAAGUUUAGUGAUCGCGAGCUCAUUGAAGAGUUCAAUAGAAGAUUAAAGACGCAAAGAGAGUCCAAUGAUGAAAUAAAAUUCAACAAGUAUGAACAGGAUGAGGACAGCAUCGAUGAUGGUCAGGAUUUCCCUGAUGAUAGUGGUACAGAAGAGGAGCAACAGAAGCAGCAAUAUCAACCAGAACGACCAUUAUCACUUUCAAGAUCACGCGCAAGCACCAUUUCAACUGCAGCACAGGAUAUAGAACCUGUACCAUCCAAUAAUGGUUCAUUCUUAAACUCUAUAACUUCUCUAUUUGGAUUCUCAUCGGAUACAGAAAAGACAUCUACUCAAAUGACAAACAACAGAAGUACAACUACAACUACAACUACAAAGACCACAACGACUACAGUAGCACAUUAUGAAGAUUUGGAAAAGAAUAUCUUGAAAGACGACGACGACGGUCUGAAAUCGUUCCCUCUGCUUAACACGAUAGGUUCAUGGGCAAUGGCAAAAGAAACAAACCAAGUGCUGCGUGCUAUUGCGAAACUACUAGUUGCAUUUGGACAAGGCUUCGAGCUGUCCAAUCUGCAGAUUUUAGCUGGAUUUACAGUUGUCGAAAAGUUUUAUACAGACCUUCCUAGAGAUAGAACUUGGGAUACAGUUCAAGACGCUUCGGAAAUCGAAAUGGCUUCAUAUAUGUGGAGAUAUGCUAUGGCAUCUUAUGGGUGGAAGGGCUUGAAUUUUAUUGGAAAGGGAAAUGGCAUAUUCUCAGAUGCAGUAAGAGCACAAUCUGACGCCUUAUCGAUUUGCGAGCAUUUGAAUCUAAACAAAGAGGAUCUGCUGGCAUAUGAGCUUAGAACAGGUGCUGCCUUUAGACCAAGCUAUUUUAUUGCCAGAGAUAGAAAGCUAAAUGCUAUUGUUCUAAGUAUUAGAGGAACGAUGAGCACGUUUGAUACCAUGACUGAUCUCGUCUGUGAGUAUGAACCUUGGAAAGGUGGCCUUGUGCAUAAAGGAAUGAAGUCUUCGGCUGCUUGGUUCUUUCGAAAUGUAGCACCUAAAUUAAUCGCAUACGUAAAUAAGCAUUCUACAACAUCACUCUACAUCGUCGGCCAUAGUCUUGGUGCGGCAACCGGUGCAAUAUUGACCAUCAUGCUUUCAGACUACUUGAACGAGUUUCGUAAAGGAAAAGACAGAGAUUUUAAUAUCCAAUGCUUUGGUUAUGCUCCUGCCUGCGGACUAAGCUUGGAUCUUGCCAAUCGAUACAAGGACCGAAUUACAUCUAUUGUAUUUGCAGAUGAUUUUGUUAGCAAGUUGAGCUAUGGAUCAAUGAUGGAUGUGAAAGAAUUGAUACUGGCUGGGGCAGAGGCAGCAAAGAACAUUGGUAUUGGGCAACUAUUUUGGGCAAGCGAGACAAAUAGCGAGGUGUGGAAAGACGCAUUCAAGAGGAUUUCAGAGUGCAGAAAGCGCUGCCUCGAGAGUAUGUCAAAUCCAAGGCUGUAUGUUGCAGGAACUGUUUACCAGUUUUGGCUUGAUCCUAUUCCAAAUAAUGAAUCUCGAAUAGUCAUUGAGAGGACAACUCCUGAAAAAGUAUCAACUGAGCUGAUCAUCAAAAAGUCUAUCCUUCUUGAUCAUCUACCAACCAACUUUGACGUAGCGUUUACUAGGGCGCUUGACUCUCUUAAUGUGAAGCCAACAGAUCAGCUCACCAUGGAUCAACAGCAAGAACGUGAAGACAGGAGACAGCAAAAGUCUGCACAAGACAAACUGUUUGGCUCCAUUGCAGAAGCUGGAAUUAAAGGAACAACGGGAAGAGGUGGAGGAGAAGGUAAUGUUGUGGGUCAAGGGGAAACAAGAUAGAUUGCUUGCUAUAUAGAAAACAUAUCCAUAAACAUACUUUUGGUUCAUAAUAAUAAAACUGCUAUAAAUUUUUCCAUGCA